AUGAGCUCCAAAUCUAAAUCUAAUCCUUUUGCGUUGGAGGACACCUUACGAGACCUUGCUCUUCUGCGAGUAUCUGACCUCGACCUUUCUUCUCUCCUGACGGCCACGACCUCGCCGAAAACGCCUGUGCAACCAGAAGGGCAAUCAGAAGUCGACAUCUCCGUAGAACUCUCGUACGAGUUCGCACGGGAGGCACGCAAGGCCAUCCAGAUCCAAAACAGGGAAGGUGUUGAUGUGCAGGGGGAACGUGUCGAGGAGGCCAGGAGCAAGUUAGAGGGUGUGCUUCACGGGCUCGAGGAUUUCAGCUGA